CCUUCCUUCUUCCACCACCAUCGUCAUCGACACUACAAGUGUUAUCCGCCUUCUCUAUAAAUCGUUGAACCACCUAACUCAUUACAUACAACAUGUCUGGACGUGGAAAGGGUGGCAAGGGUCUCGGGAAGGGUGGUGCCAAACGUCACCGCAAGAUUCUUCGUGACAACAUCCAGGGUAUCACCAAGCCAGCUAUUCGCCGUCUUGCCCGUCGUGGUGGUGUGAAGCGUAUCUCAGGUCUCAUCUACGAGGAGACCCGUGGGGUCCUCAAGAUUUUCUUGGAGAAUGUUAUCCGCGACUCUGUCACUUACACCGAACACGCUAAGCGUAAAACGGUCACUGCUCUUGACGUUGUUUAUGCCCUGAAGCGGUCGGGGCGCACUCUAUACGGUUUCGGUGCAUGAUUUAUUCCUUUGUAUAUGUAGUAUGUACCAAUAGUGUCUUAAGUAUCUCUCUCACUCUCCAAAUCGGGCCGGCCGUUUAUCAUCUUGGCAUCCUUUCAGAUAUCCAUGAUGGUG